UUUCAGAUGCAAAAAACAGUAUGAGCAUAAGUUCGGAAAACGUUGAACAAGAGUAUGUUCACUCGAUUUACUCUCGAUUGGCAACAUAUCAACAAAAAGAACACAAGCCCUCAUCUCCACGUAUUUGGCCACGUGUCCGUCAAUUUGUGGAUCAGCAAUCUGCAGGAAGUAUCAUUCUAGAUGUUGGAUGUGGCGAAGCAAAAUACACUUCUCAAAAAAGCCACGUCAUCGGCUUUGAUACGUGCUCCGAAGUUCUUAGUUCGAGUAAAAAAGAUGAUAUUGACUUGUGUUUGGCGGAUGCAAUAAAUAUUCCAAUUAGAGACGAUAGUGUAGAUGCAAUUUUAAACGUGUCUGUGAUUCAUCACUUGGCGACGACUGCUAGGAGAAGACAAGUCUUACAAGAAUGUUCUCGAUGCCUCCGCAUCGGAGGUCAAAUGCUAAUAUAUGCCUGGGCCUUUGAGCAACCAAAUGGAAAAUUCGCAUCCCAGGACAUUCUUGUUCCAUGGAAUAUGCACGAAACUGCGAUUGGAGGUCGUCUUCCAAAAGUUAAAUUUCACUUGAAUACUACCAAAGAACAGCGGGUUAUUGCUGCUUCAAUACCAGUAAAUAUCUCCGAUGGAUCGAUACCCCAAAAAUGGUUUUCGGGAGUUUUGAGCAAAGUAGUAUCCCUUACUGACCAGCUUCCGUACUUUUCAAAACGCUGUCCAAAUUCACCUGCAUACAGUAACCAAAGUACUCCUACUGGAUCCUUAUCCUCUCCAAUGGUUCAAAAACUUCCAUCAGCUGCUCCACAAUUCCUUCCUACAACCAACUCAUUAAUUUCUGGAAUAAAACGAUGGAGUCCGAUGCUUGGACGACGUUUAGCUUCACUGUUAGUUCCAGUUGAAGAGCAAUUUGGGGAAGAAUUGGCACAAACUAUAAUGCGAGAAAGUAUUACUGAAGCAAUGGCUACUUUGAGAGAGGUCACAUUCUACCGCUUCUAUCAUGUUUUCAAAGACGGUGAACUUGCCGAUUUAGUAGAUUCCGUGGAGAGUCUAAAAGUCGUCUCAGCAACUUUUGAACAUGGCAAUUGGUGUGUAAUUGCUGAAAAAGUGGCGGCAAAUGUCAUUCGACCAUGAACAUUAGGAAUCAUCUCGUAUUGCACAUAUCCAAAGUUCGUUUGAGAACUAAAUCUUAUGAUCUCGAAAAAAAUAAACUGUAUUUAUGUAAAU